CAUAAAUCUUACGAAUUUCCUUUGAAUAAUUUCAGCUUCAUCAUGGACUUCCGCAAGCAACACCUGGAAGCCUUCCAGAAAAAGUACGGCAUGAAGCUGGGCUUCAUGUCUGCCUUCUGCAAAGCAGCUGCCUACGCAUUACAGGAUCAGCCCGUGGUAAAUGCUGUCAUCGGAGAAAAUGAAAUCAUCUACCGUGACUACGUUGACAUCUCGGUUGCGGUGGCCUCGCCCAAGGGUCUAGUCGUCCCGGUCCUAAGGAACGUCGAGGGCAUGAACUUUGCCGACAUCGAGCUGGCCAUCGCUGGCCUGGCCGACAAGGCCAAGAAGGGCACGCUAGCCGUCGAGGACAUGGACGGCGGUACCUUCACCAUCUCGAACGGUGGAGUGUUCGGUUCUCUGCUGGGUACACCCAUCAUCAAUCCCCCACAGAGUGCCAUUCUGGGCAUGCACGGAAUCUUCGAACGACCAAUUGCCGUGAAAGGACAGGUUGUCGUGCGGCCGAUGAUGUACGUUGCGCUGACCUACGAUCACCGACUGAUUGACGGACGCGAGGCCGUGACCUUCCUGCGCAAGGUCAAGGCCGCCGUUGAGGAUCCCCGCAUCAUCCUGGCUGGUCUGUAAACCAACCCAGCGCCAACCCACGUUGUACUAUUACAAGCUAGACAAAAAAAACUCAUGAGUCGUACAGGCAAAAACAUGCAACGUUACAAAACGCUUAGGCAUCACGACGUGAAAUUACAUGAAAAUAGUAUCCAAUUCACACUACUACAGCAGAACUGUUCAAUAUCGUUAUUGAGAAAAUGAACAUUUCGUGAUUAUAAGAAUCUGAUAAAACAAAAACCGUAACUUUCGUAGUUCCAAAUUAUUUGAUGCACGCGACCCCAAAACCGCUCCCUUUUUAUACGCACCGCUCUUGUAUACAUCGUUGUUGUUUUUUGAUAGGAAAAGUAUUGCAAUAUCAUCCGCUGUGGUAUUAUUUUCCGGAGACAUAACUCACAUUGUUGAAAAAAAGUUAUCUCGUAUUCGAAGCGAUGUCAUUCUAAACGUAAGUCACUGCUAUUUUAUACAUUGUCCGUCGUAUAAACCAAAAGCUAAGUCAACCGAUAGUUACAGGUUAUUUCGUAGAACCCAACCAAGCAAAAUCACUUACAAAAACCAAGGGUGCUAGAUUAUUCUCCACUCCCAGUGACGUCGCCGGUUUGUUCUAUUCGGGAGAGGUGAACAGCCGAUUAUAGUGCGCGCCAACAGUCAUCCGCGGGCGUGUUGUUAGCGUAGCGAAUACAGUUUUUUGGACAUUUCGAAAAAACAGGCAGGCAACGGCAGAAAAAAGUAUCAUAAGAAUAAAAGAACGUGCUAAUAACACAUGCUGGCUGCA